UUUUGCGGUUCUCCAUUUCCUCACCUAUGCUGAGUGGUGGAACAAGCCUCUCGAUGUGCAAUGUCCACAUCCAGUGUACUGGAAGUCAACUUCGGGGCUAGAAAAUCACAUUGAUGAGUAUGUGUGCACCUCAACAAUUAUUUUGCUGCUGAUUAUGUCUGCCUUGGCGUCCCUGGAAGCGACCAAGUCAUUAGAUGGGGGAUCUUGUCUCCGGUCUUCGGCCCAAUUGAAGAACUGUUAGGCUCGUCUAAAGUUCCCACCUCUCGAAAGUUCCGAGUUUCAACAUUUGAUGGCAGCAUCAAAUUCGAAUAUUUGGACAAGAUCGUUCUUUGCCUUGCUGCAUUGCUUAUGGCAUCCAUAUUUUGCGGCAUCCGUUGUAUAACUUGGUUUUUUGCCUUCCCACCAUACCAGGAACGGGUGCUAUGGCGCAUGAGUGCCGUCGUUAUAACUUUCACACCCUGGUGCGGUUUCCUCACCUCAUUGCUCUUUGGCGUCCUGUAUACGCCAAAUGAGGUGGAUAUCUCGGUCUACGCAUUGCAUGCUCUGUUGUACAUCACAGCUCGUGCCGUCCUCUUGGUACUUAUGUUCGCCACUUUAUGCAAUCUUCCUCCUGACGUAUACAAGGCGGUGUUGUGGACUGGUUUGGUGCCGCACUUAUAGUUCCUGAUCGUGGCACUUGAAGUUGUGAUACGCCGCAUACUUUGUAAUUAUAUUCAGAUCCGGCAUUCUUGUGGUUGACGAUGUACAUAAAUAAUUCAAUCGCUAUGAAUGACGCGAUCACAUGACCUGGAGGUGCGGC